AUGAAGGACUGCGAGUACCGGCAGAUCUCGCCCGGGGCGGCGGCGACGCCAGGCCCGGGCCCGGGCGGGCCGGCGGCCGCGGCCCCGCCGGCCGGAGCGGCGCGGCGGCCCCGCAGGAAGUGGGAGGUGUUCCCGGGCCGCAACCGCUUCUACUGCGGCGGCCGCCUCAUGCUGGCGCGGCACAGCGGCGUCUUCGCCCUCACGCUCGGCCUCAUCCUGGCCACCAGCGGCCUCUUCUUCGCCUUCGAUUGCCCCUUCCUUGCCAGUCACCUGACCCUGGCCAUCCCCAUCAUCGCCGCCGUCCUCUUCUUCUUUGUCAUCAGCUGCCUGCUCCAGACGAGCUUCAGGGACCCAGGGAUCCUGCCCAGAGCCACCCCCAGCGAGGCUGCGGACCUGGAGAGGCGAAUUGACAGCAUGGGCAGCUCCACAUACCGUCCCCCAGCCCGCACCAUGGAGGUGGUGAUCAACAAGUACGUGGUGAAGCUCAAGUACUGCUACACCUGCAAGAUGUUCCGGCCGCCGCGCACCUCGCACUGCAGCGUCUGCGACAACUGCGUGGAGAGGUUCGAUCACCACUGCCCCUGGGUGGGCAACUGCGUGGGCAAGCGCAACUACCGCUACUUCUACGCCUUCAUCCUGUCCCUGUCCUUCCUCACCGCCUUCAUCUUCGCCUGCGUCGUCACCCACCUCACCCUGCGCUCUCAGAGGGAUGGGUUCCUGGCCACUCUGAAGACAACCCCUGCGAGUGUGCUGGAGCUGGUGAUUUGUUUUUUCUCAGUCUGGUCCAUUUUGGGCCUCUCAGGUUUUCACACUUACUUGGUCGCCUCCAACCUGACGACGAACGAAGAUAUCAAGGGCUCCUGGUCAAACAAGAGGGGCUCGGAGUUUGCCAAUCCCUACAGCCAUAAAAGCAUCCUCACAAACUGCUGUGCAGUGCUGUGUGGACCCUUCUACCCCAGUUUGAUAGACAGAAGAGGAUUUGUCCAGCCAGAUGUCGGGACCCCGUCCAGUCCCAAGAGUGAAAUCCCUUCCCUUGGAGCCAAAACUGACACCAGCAUGGUAGGAGGCAUUCCCUAGCAGUGCUGUGAUGUGCCCAGUGCCUGCUGUGCCUGCACCUUGCUCCAGCCAGUUCCUUCCCCUGCCUCGUGCCCGGCCUCAGGCGGGCAGCCCUGGCACCCAGAGCUGCCAAAGACUCGAGCCAUGCGUUGCCUUCUUUUUUUACAUUUAUUUAUUACUUUUUGUUCAUUUAUUUCACUGUGAGGUGGCCUGUCAGGGGUGUUGCCUGACAGAGCCCAACAGCUUGUGGGACCCUUGGACUCGUGCUGGAACAGGGGGUCCCCAGGAGCCCCCAGACCCUGAGCUCCAGGGAAUUGCUGUGAUUCCUGCUGGGAAUGAGAUGGGCCAAGGCUGGGAGGUGGCACUGGCAGAUGGUUCCCACUCGGGGCUGGGCUGGAGGAGGUGUCACCUCCCUGGUGCCCCUGUGAGCUCCAUCAACACUCCCUGUUCCCCUGGAGGCAGGUGAGGGUGUCCUGGGUGCUCCCUGCUGCUCCUGUGCUGCCUGGGGCUGUGCUUUGGCCCUGCCAGUUGGUCAGACACGUUUUGCAGCAAGGACACGAGGCAGGGGACCCUCCUCUAGCAGGGAAGAAGAAACACUCUGUGCUCUGUGACUCUCAGGAGAUGCACAGGGCUGCAGGGGUCAGGUCUGGGAGCUGGAGCUCCCCAGGGUUGUGUCCUGUCUGUGGGAGACCAAGAGGCAGCAGAAAAGUGUGUGAAUUCCUGAGGGUCC